UUUUCACUAUUGGAGAAGUAGGCAUGUUGAUACCACUUAAGGCUGGACAGAGUAUGGCUGAGACAAUGAAAAAUGUGAUUUUUUUGGCCCCCAGAGCAUGAGAAGAUUUUUUGGGUAGAACAAGCUGCAGCUGGCAAGUUUGGUGAAUGCAGUAGGGACAGAUCUUUUUGCAACUGGAGAUGAAGGGAGGGGGAAAAAAGAAAGGAAACCUUUUCAUCCCACCCCUGGACAAGCCUUCUUCAAAGAGACUGCACUAAGCAACAACACCAGGGGAAACCUGACUCCUUUAAACCUGUUUUCACUCAGUGCCUGUUCCUGCACUUGGAUUCCCAAGUCACAAUGUGCUCGGGACGUCAAGGAGUAACUCGUGCUGUGGAUCUUAGGAUGGUUUUUAAAUAUGUGCCUUGGUUGGAGCCGCUGCAUUUUGGAGCUUUAAGGACAUUCGAGGAGCUGGAAAAGGGGUUGCUGGAUGCUGAAGGGUUAAGGAUACUUUUUCCAGCGCAGAGGGGGACAGCUCAGCCCAGAAGAAAGAACUUCAUGAAGCACGACAAGGCAGAGGUCCCCUGCAGCACAGCCUACCACUAACUCCAUCCAAGGACGGCCCCUGGUACCCACCUGCACUGACUGGCAGAGGACUUGGCUCUGAGACCUGUGGGCACCGAAAAUGGAACCAUUCUUGGGUUUCACCCAUAACCACUGUUUCUUCGUGCUGUUCUUCAUCUCCCUGAGCCCGCUGGGCCUUGCCCAGUACGAACACUGGCCCUACCUCCCCGGUUACCCUGAGCCACCUCCUCAAGUCUAUCAGCCCCCCCAGAGGCCGGCGAACGUUCCCAAAAUCCAGCUGCGGCUCGCGGGGCAGAAGAGGAAACACAACGAAGGCAGAGUGGAGGUGUUUUACAACGGCGAGUGGGGCACGGUCUGCGACGAUGACUUCUCCAUCCACGCUGCCCACGUGGUCUGCAGGGAGCUGGGCUACGUGGAGGCGGUGUCGUGGCUGCCGAGCUCGAAAUAUGGAAAAGGGGAAGGGAAAAUUUGGAUGGACAAUGUCCACUGUAACGGGAAGGAGACCACCCUGGCAGCCUGCACCUCCAACGGCUGGGGAGUGACGGACUGCAAACACACCGAGGACGUGGGAGUGGUCUGCAGUGAAAAGAGAAUCCCUGGCUUCAAGUUUGACAACUCGUUGCUUAACCAAAUCGAGAACAUGAACAUCCAGGUGGAGGACAUAAGGAUCCGCGCCAUCCUCGCCACCUACCGCAAGCGGGUGCCCGUCACCGAGGGUUACGUGGAGGUGAAGGACCAAGGGACCUGGAAGCAGAUCUGUGACAAGCACUGGACCAUGAAGAAUUCCCGAGUCGUCUGUGGCAUGUUUGGAUUUCCCAGCGAGAGGAAAUACAACACCAACGUCUACAAGAUGUUUGCCAGCAGAAGGAAGCAGCAUUACUGGCCUUACUCAAUGGACUGCAGUGGGAACGAAGCUCACAUCUCCAGCUGCAAACUGGGCAAUCACCUCAACGUGGACGUGGAGAAGAACGCGACGUGUGAGAACGGGAUGCCUGCGGUGGUCAGCUGUGUCCCCGGACGUGCCUUUGCCCCCAGCAGCCACAGUGGCUUCCGAAAAGCCUUCAGGCAGGAGCAACCACUGGUGAGGCUGAAAGGGGGUGCCAACACCGGUGAAGGCCGGGUUGAAGUGCUGAAGAACGGGGAGUGGGGGACGGUGUGUGAUGACAACUGGAACUUGGUGUCGGCCAGCGUGGUGUGCCGGGAGCUGGGCUUCGGCAGCGCCAAGGAGGCCAUCACGGGGGCCAGGCUCGGGCAAGGCAUGGGCCCGAUUCACCUGAACGAAAUCGACUGCACGGGCUUUGAGAAGUCGGUGACGGACUGUAAAUUCAACACGGAGUCGCAGGGCUGUAACCACGAGGAAGACGCCGCCGUGAGAUGCAACGUCCCAGCCAUGGGUUUCCAGAACCAGCUACGUCUGAGUGGUGGCCGCAACCCCUACGAGGGCCGGGUGGAGGUCCUGGCCGAACGCAACGGCACGUUGAAGUGGGGCACCGUCUGCAGCGAGAACUGGAGCACCGUGGAGGCCAUGGUGGUGUGUCGGCAGCUGGGGCUGGGCUUUGCCAGCCAUGCCUUCCAGGAAACGUGGUACUGGCACGGGGACGUCAGCGCCGACAACGUGGUGAUGAGCGGGGUCAAGUGCUCGGGGACGGAGAUGUCCCUGGCCCACUGUCGGCACGACGGAGCCGAGGUCUCCUGUCCCAGAGGAGGGGGUCGUUUUGGUGCCGGCGUGUCCUGCUCCGAGACUGCCCCCGACCUGGUGCUCAACGCCGAGCUGGUGGAGCAGACAGCUUACCUGGAGGACAGGCCCAUGUUCAUGCUGCAGUGUGCACUGGAGGAGAACUGCCUGGCCAGCUCGGCCGUCAACACCUCCGUCACCUCCGGCUACCGCCGCCUCCUCCGCUUCUCCUCCCAGAUCCACAACAACGGGCAGUCCGAUUUCCGCCCCAAAAACGGCCGCCACGCCUGGGUCUGGCACGACUGUCACCGGCAUUACCACAGCAUGGAGGUUUUUACCCACUACGAUCUACUCAACCUCAACGGAACCAAGGUGGCUGAGGGACACAAAGCCAGCUUCUGCCUGGAGGACACCGAGUGUGAAGCAGAUGUGCAGAAACAGUACGAAUGUGCCAAUUUUGGUGAGCAGGGGAUCACGGUGGGCUGCUGGGACGUCUAUCGCCACGACAUCGACUGCCAGUGGAUCGACAUCACCGAUGUCCCCCCCGGCGACUACCUCUUCCAGGUUGUCAUCAACCCCAACUACGAAGUUGCUGAAUCAGAUUAUUCCAACAACGUGAUGAAAUGCAGGAGCCGCUACGACGGGCAGCGCAUCUGGAUGUACAACUGCCACAUAGGUGGCUCCUUCAGCGAGGAGACGGAACAGAAGUUCGAUCACUUCAGUGGACUCACAAAUAACAGGGUGUCCACCCGAUAGACCCCCCCCCCCCACUAUUUAAAGAAGCGAGGGUUCCCGCUUCGCUGAUUUCCCAAACCACUGCACAAACCCCCCAAAGAAAUCAAGUAAACAAAUCAAAACUCUAAAUUAGCAAGGUAAAUUAUUUUCUAAAGCUGCCUUCCUUCCCAGUUUAGGUGCUCCGACCACCACCUGGCUCCUGUAACUCCAGUCCCUACUGCUGGGGAGUUAAGAGCCACCUUUGAAACUCUACUUGGCUCCGUAUUUUCACCUUUCCAACCUUCUCCACAAAGAUUUCUCCUUCCACUUUGCAGCACCGGCUUUAUCCCCAGGCUGCAGCAAGCACAAUUUGCCUCUGUUUGGGUCCCGACAGCCUAAAUAUGUCUUUACCAUUCCAUUUUCUUCAUCAUAAGGCAUUAAUCUUUGGUAUCUUUAAGCUCUUUGACUCAAGCUCGAACGCACCGUUGAUGCAAACGCCUCCAUUUGUGACGCUCUUCCUCAGAACCGCCGUGUCCUUACUCCGUUUUAGCCAAGAAAUACAGGAAAAGGGAAGGGGGUGGGGGGAAAGGGAAGGGAGAAAAAAAAUUGGAGCAGCUUUUUCUGAGCAGAACAGUAUAAAGCGUUAAUUUAAUACCGCAGCAAAACUCUUGUACUCAACCAUCGCCUCCCGAGAGGAGCAGCUGACGCAGGACUGAGUUCUCCGAGGGCACGGGGGCUCCAGGAAGCUCCACCACCCUUGGAACAAUGGAGAACUUUG